AUGAAUAACUUGAAGUCGUUUGAGUCUGAUACUGGCAAGGCGUAUACCGCGCACUGUCCACCCGUGGCUUCAAGUUCAGCCCCUCGUCGACGCUCAUUCUUCUCCGUGCUCAGUGGAAAUACCAGAGACAUUUCUGCGGAAAGACAAGAUGCGCCUCCCCCAGCAUAUCACAGCAUUCAAUCAUCACAACAGAGGAAACACUCGCCUCGGUGGCUCCGGAAACCCGGGACAAAAUAUAGUGAAUCAUUCGAGGACGAACUUGAAGUGCUUCGCAAAUACGAUAUCGUCCUCCUCGUCGACGAUUCAGGCUCUAUGGUUUUGCCUGGCUCGAAGAAAGGUCGAACGCGCUGGGAAGAGGCCGGAGAAGCACUUGCAACGCUGGCAGAAAUCACUCAACAAUAUGACACAGACGGCAUUGACAUCUAUUUCUUGAACAACCGGCGCGAGGCACUCAAUAUCAAAUCAUCAAUCGAGGUUCAGCAGUUGUUCAGCAGCGUGAAACCAACUGGCUCUACUCCAAUCGGCGAGCGGCUUGACCAGCUCAUCAAACCGCGUCUAUGCGAGUUGGAGGACGCUGUGAUUAGUCGGGAUGGCACCCCUCGAGACAGAACCACUAGGGAAGAGAUCAAACGUGUAAACUUCAUCGUGAUCACGGAUGGCGCAGCCAGCGACGAACCCCGCCAGACGAUCAUCGACGCAGCCAUACGUCUUCAGGCCAUUCGGAAUUUAUGUCUGGUCCAGCUUGGCAUCCAAUUUGUGCAGAUAGGCAAUGACCCCACGGCCACGCGUGCCCUCAAAGAGCUCGAUGAUGAUUUACACAGGGCGGCAAACAUACGUGACAUCGUGGACACGACACCGUCGGCGAAGCUGAAGCCUGUGUCUGCGGAAGGUUUGAUCAAGAUUCUUCUAGGCGGUAUCAAUCGCCGGAUCGACCGAUUAUAA